GACCUCUGGGGUUUGGGGGAGUGACCAUCGCUGCACAAACAGUUUAAACUCAAAGCUUUGCUCUGACUUAGUGCUUCACUCUAGUAAAGACGGAUUCGGAAUAUUGGUGCCGGUAGCACUGAGAACAUAUGAGCCGCCACUCAUCCCUUAGAAAACGCAACUGUCUCCUUAAGGCACGGAGGCCCAGCAUGAAUGUUAACUGUGCUGGUGGGACAAACUGGUCAAGAAACCUGGAGUCCAAGUGCUCUGCGGAAAAUAUAACUGUGACGGUCCAUGAGUCGGAAGAAAGUAAUAUGGUGCUAGGAGGACACAGCCCUGCUGGAGUUCCCAGGACUGAGGGUUUAGAUUCCGAAUGCCGGCACAGCACUUGUCCAGUAAGUCUCCAGAUCAGUAGCAUGUUUUCUGCUCCUGCAGACACACACAACUGUCAUUUCCAAGAUGGAAAUAAGAGACAGUCAGAGUAUUUUAAUACCCAGGAACGCCAUGGAUGCUGCGCUUUGUCUUCAAGCAACAAUUCACAAACAGUGGCCCCAGAGAAAGUGACGCUUGUGGUUGAUGGCACUCGCUUUGCUGUGAAUCCACAGAUUUUCACCGCUCACCCUGAUACUAUGCUGGGAAGAAUGUUUGGCCCAGGAAGAGAAUAUAAUUUCACCAGGCCGAAUGAAAAGGGAGAAUAUGAAAUCGCAGAAGGAAUUAGCUCAGCUAUGUUCCGGACUGUGCUGGAUUACUACAAAACUGGAAUCAUUAACUGCCCAGACGGGAUUUCCAUCCCAGACCUCCGAGACACAUGUGAUUACCUCUGCAUAAACUUUGAUUUCAACACAAUCAAAUGUCAAGAUUUAAGUGCUCUGUUACAUGAGCUCUCCAACGAUGGUGCUCACAAGCAGUUUGACGGCUACCUGGAGGAGCUAAUCCUGCCCAUAAUGGUGGAUAGCGCGAGAAAAGGGGAACGGGAAUGCCAUAUUGUGGUGCUGACAGAUGAAGACACUGUAGACUGGGAUGAAGAUUAUCCACCUCCCAUGGGAGAGGAGUACUCACAAAGUAAGGGCUCUGCGUUGAGGCUUCUGGCUCUGUGUUCAGCGCGCACCCAGACAUCUGGCCAGAAGGAAAGGACCUGUUGCCCAAACAGCAGUCUUCUUCCUCCAGGAGGAGAUGGUGGCACACGGAGUCCUGUCCUUUACAGUUCCAAGCUGUACAGAUUCUUCAAGUACAUUGAGAACCGCGAUGUUGCAAAAGCUGUGUUAAAGGAACGGGGCCUGAAAAAUAUUCGUAUUGGCAUUGAAGGAUAUCCCACCUGUAAAGAGAAGGUGAAGAGGAGGCCUGGGGGCCGGUCAGAAGUGAUAUACAACUAUGUUCAACGGCCGUUCAUCCAGAUGUCGUGGGAAAAGGAAGAGGGCAAAAGCCGUCAUGUUGAUUUCCAAUGCGUUCGAAGCAAAUCUUUAACAAAUCUAGUCACUGUGGGGGAUGACGUUUCAGAGGACCACGAGAUUAUAAUGCACCACCCUCCACAAGUAGAUGAACUUGACAGGCUCAACGCACCGUUCUCCCAAAUGGCUGUUAACGAUCUACCAGAUUAGACGUGGCUCAGGGUGGAUAGUCCUCAGUUUCAUUCCAACACAGACUCCUGCAAGGUGCUGUAUCCUCGUUCAUGCUCUUACUACGUUAUCAUAUUUCAAGCAUGUUAAUAAAGAGCCACACUCUAUAGCCUAAUUGUACAAUCAAAAGCAACAUCUCAAACAAAAAGAUAUUAUGCUCUUUGUUUCUACUACAAAGGCUUCCGAAUUGGUGGGUGCUGAAUAUUUUACCUAAACUUCUUUUAGAAGUGUGGAAGUAUUUAGAAAUAUCUUGUUUGACAUGAGAGAGGAAUUUCUGGGCCUGUCAAAACAAAGCUUUUCUUUGCCGUUAGGCACUUAGCUUUGCUUUUAUGAUAAUCAGUUAGAAAGGACUGAAUGUCAGAGCGGAACAGAUGAUGCCCUUUCAUCAGUGAGCAGAAAUGUAGCACAGUUGGAGCAGCAAAGUCCUGAGUGUGGAGGAAUCUGUUCACACUGCCACCUGGCUGUGCAUCCAGCGCGCUGUACUGCUGUCUUAGGGAAGGAUGAACUAGUGUAAUAGGAAACACAUGCCUGGUCACAGGAAUUUCCUGUAUAUACUUCUCCAUAAGAUGGAAUCACUGUCUUUAGGGAUAUUUUCUGUUAAAUUCUGUAAAACAAGUAGAUAAUACUGAAGGAAAAGCCAAAAAGUAAAGACUGUACUUGAUAUUUUACUGACAAAGUCAGUCUCUUUAGUAGCCUAAUAGAUGUAAGAAGCAUUCUAGAGGUGACUGUGCAUGCUAAAGACUUCCAGAUGUCUUCUCCGUCCCUGCUAAGACAAAACAACCCAGUGGAGGAGCUCCAGGACAGUAAAAUCCAUCGUCACAUGAACCCUAAGCAGUCCAAAUUUCUGUAGACUCUCCAAGGAGCGCUCUGUUGUUGUAGCUUUAGAAGGCCAGCUACAUUCUUCCCAGUUUGGAACUGGCUGAACCAUUUUGCUGUCAGUCAGGUCAGAAAUACCAAUAGUAAAGCAGCCUUCAGCAGAGGAAACCACCUACACCUAGGAAAGGCUCUCCUUUGCUGCUCUGCUCCCCACCUGGAGACCUCAUAGUGGCCUUCUUGUAGUGAAAGGGACUACAGGAAAGUGGAGGAGGGACUCUUGGUCAGGGAGGGCAGGGAUAGGACGAGGGGAAUGGCUUUAAACUGGAAGGGGAAGGUUUAUAUUAGACAUUAAGAAGAAAUUCUUCACAAGGGGCAGGCCCUGGCCCAAGUUGCCCAGAUAAAUGGUGGCUGCCCCAUCCCUGGAGGGGUUCAAGGCCAGGUUGGAUGGGGCUUGGAGCCCCUGAUCCAGUGGGAGGUGUCCCUGCCCAUGGCAGGGGUGAAACUGGAUGGGCUUUGAGAUCCCUUCCAACCCAAAACUUUCCAUAAUUCAAAAGGAGGGAGGGAGGUCCCUUGCAAAGUUAAGUUCAGGUCAGUUUUGCUCUUGCAGUUGACUGCUGUUGAAACCUCUACCACUUAUGCAUUGAGUUACUGGGUCAUGCUGGGGAAAACAGAAGUAGGUGUCGGUCUGCCCCCGCAGGGUUUAAUCCUCUCUUGGCAGAGAAUUUGUUAUUAUUCUCCAUCUGUCUGCAAGGUGUGGUAGACUUUGCACCGAAGGUUGCGGUUACUGUUUGCUGCCAAGGAUGUUUGGUUCUUUCAGCGUUAGCAACAUGACAGUGGUAAGUGCAGAUUUUCCUGAAGGUUUAGAAGUGUCGUUUAGGCAAGAGUGAUAGAAUCUCUGCCAAGACAUGGACUUGCUGACAUUUUAGUUCCCAUUUGUUAUGGAUAAAGGUUGCACUCUUUGCAGGGUUUCUGUUCUUCUCUUCUUUCCUAAGUGCAACAAAUAGAAUUUCUUCUUUUUAUAAGUGCUUACGGGAAGAGUUCCAGCAGUGAUUCAGGACCUCCUGAAAGGUCCCGGGGGUUCAGAUGCCCGGGCCCACCUGCCUGCAUUUGAAAAAUCCACCCUAUGUGUCCUUGGGUCAGCACGGAGAGGUGUCCUUCAGCAGCGGCACAGAGCUGGGGCGCAACCACUGGCCAUUAGUGCUCUAGAGGAAUUUCUACUUUUGUAGUAAAGAAAGGCAAACAGACAGACUAUUAACCAUCCAGACCAAACCUACUACCUGCCUUGGUAACGAGCUGUUCCCGCAAGUGAAGCAAAGGUACCCGUGAAGCCAUCUGCCCAGCAGUGGCAGAACUCGCCCCCAGACCCUGUGUUUUUUCUUUUGGUGUGUCUGUGUGUUUGCAGCAGUGUAAGUUUUAAGUAAAUGUGUAUUGGGAGUGACCGGCUGGCUGGGAAUUGGAGUAUCCGCAUGUUCUUGAGCACUACCCUACAGGACUGUGUCAAGGCAUCCAUACCGAGCAUCUGCCAUCAACAGCACCUUCCAGGAUCUGAUGGCCAUGUCCCGUGUUCAGCCGAAGCUGAUCCCACCACUGUCUGCCCCUGAGCCGAGUGUCGGCUCGGCUGCUCCAAGGGUUGGGCCAGGGUGGCCUCAGGCACUCGGCUGCCACCAGCUGUUGUCAGUGCACUGUAGGAACUCGUUGGUGCUCUGUGUGAUCAAUUUGGACCUUCAGCUUAGGAUGGAGGCAUCCACCUUCUGGGAUUUCUAUGCAAUUUUAUCACUAUAAAAAGCCACUGUGCUUGAUUGGCUUUCCCAAGUCAUUAAAGAUGAAUUUUGGAUUUUAUUUGAUUUUAUUUUAGUAGUGAGUUCCACUGGAACACUACAUCAAUCUAAAAGUGUGCAUUCACUUUUCUCCUCUCUCGGUCACCUACCGUUGAGACACAAGGUCGGGUUUUGUCUUACUCUAGAUGUACGGAAGUGUUACCUGUGGUCUGUACUACCUACAGUUGUAUCAUUUCUUUUCUGUAUUAAAGUAUAAAUUAUG